AGUAUUCGCGUUAGGGGAACAAAUCGAUGCGUUCUGUGGAUAGACAAUACCAUUAAACAAGUUACGUGAAUAUAGGUAACGAACACAUACAAAUGAAACGGGCUUUGAAGGUGGAGGUCAUCAGUAGGAAUGCGCAAACCGAAUAGUGCGCAUGCCCGGACGUGCUCCCCACGCCUGCGCUUCGCCCGUCGCGGUUAACUCCUUAUCAACGUUGCACUGAUAUUGUAAAUUCGUUGAAUCAGUUAUAUUUGUGUAAUCCAGAAAAUUAUAAUGAACUUAUAUCACGUUUUGAGCAAACAAUUAUAGUCGGCUAACAUAAACGGUUAACUUGUUUUCUGAUGUGCAACCGUGUCGGCGGUUCGAUAUCGAUACUUGUGCUCUUACUCCUGAAUCCCAGGAACUGUUCGGCUAGCAUUCAAUAUGAUGCCCCUGGCAAGAUAUCGCUCAACUCGGUGCAGGCGUGGGCAGUCAAACUUGGUACAGAAUUAUAUCAUUUUGGUGAGUUUAUUACUCGGAAGAAAGAAGUUCAGGAUAGUUUUAAGUCCGCGCAAAUUGAAGUGCGGGAUGGAGAAAAAUUAGUACAAAACAUGGCGGACGAUAUUCGAGCCAUGAUGGAGCUCAAAAUUAGUGCCGUUAAAAGGAUCGUAGAAGCGGCUGAGAACAUGGCGUUCGAUAAACAAAAUGAACCUGUACCGGAAGAUUUUCAAUUUUACAACAGCAAAGAAAUGGAUGAACCUUACGAUGAUGUAUCGUUGACGACCACACCAGAACCGGAAUUCAAUGUUGAUAAUUGGAUUGUUCGACCGCCAACGAAAAGUGCUCAUCUACAAUCUAAUCCCCACUUUUCAAACAUACCUGUGAACGCCAAUUUUAGUAGCGUUCAUGUUCCUACCAAUGUUUAUGCUUGGGCGCCGGAAGUAAUAAAAGGAAUACAUUGGUCGGAAGGCUUAGAUACGCACUUUAUCAAUAAUUAUCAAAGUGAUCCGACACUCUCUUGGCAGUACUUCGGCAGUUCAACAGGAUUCAUGAGGCAUUACCCUGCAAUGAAAUGGCGGGCUGAUCCUGUUGAUAUAUACGAUUGUCGUACAAGAGCUUGGUACAUGGAAGCGGCAGCCAGUCCAAAGGAUGUAGUAAUUUUGGUCGAUCGCAGCGGGUCAAUGACUGGACAAAGACGGGAUAUCGCUAAGCACGUUGUUACGAAUAUAUUGGAUACCCUCGGUAAUAAUGAUUUCGUCAGCGUCAUGACCUUUGCUGAUACAGUCGAAGAAAUUGUACCUUGCUUUGAAGAUUCCCUUGUUCAGGCAACUUUAGGUAAUCUACGUGAGCUGAAAUUGGCAUUGGAUAAUUUUGAAACAAUGGAAAUAGCAAACUUUUCUGCGGCUUUGACUAGGGCUUUCGAGCUAUUAGAAAUUUAUCGAAAUAACAGCGGCGGAGCUAAUUGUAAUCAGGCGAUUAUGCUAGUUACUGACGGCGUUCCAUACAACUACAAAGAAAUUUUCGAGAGAUACAAUUGGAAAUACGAGACUCCAGUGAGGGUGUUCACGUACCUGAUAGGGCGCGAGGUAAAGGUUGCUGAUGUCAGGGAAGUGAAAUGGAUGGCUUGUGCAAAUCGAGGAUUCUACGUUCAUCUCAGUACUUUAGCAGAAGUAAGGGAGCGGGUCUUGGAGCACGUUAAUGUUUUGGCGCGGCCCCUUGUGUUGCAAAGAGAAAAACAUCCUGUUGUUUGGACUCCUGUAUAUGCAAAUGUCACCGAUCCUAAAGUGGCUGAUUAUCUGUGGGAGCAACGCGAAAGAGCCGAACAGAAGGAGCGUUUCUUGAGUCAGCGAAGGGACAAGGUACUCUUCAAUUCUGAGAAAGAACAGGAUCGACGUUGGAGAAUCACACAGAUGAAACAGGGGCAGUACAGUGAACUAGGAAACUCCCAGUAUCAGUUGAUGACUUCAGUUUCUAUGCCGGUCUACGAUCUUCGCCAUAACGAGUCCGUAGAGGAGAAUGGACCGAAAGAGAUGCGUAUUGCCAAAUUAUUGGGAGUAGCUGGCACGGACGUUCCCUUAUCGGAAAUACAAGCUCUAAUGACACCUUAUAAGAUUGGAGUCAACGGGUAUGCCUUUAUAGUAACAAACAACGGAUACAUUUUGUUACAUCCUGACUUGCGACCUGUGUUUCAACAAAUCCUAAAGCCGAGCUACAACAGUGUGGAUAUGAUUGAAGUUGAGUUGUUUGAUGAUGACCGAGGACCUAGGAACUUCAGCAAGGAGCUAACUGCGCUCCGUAAAGAAAUCAUCGAUCAAAAGACAGGCAAUAAAGUGAUGAACGUCAAAUACCACUUGGAUGACAUGAAAAGAGUAUCGCGAGCUAAGAAGCAUUACUUCUGGACGGGAAUCAGUGACUCACCGUUUACUUUGGUAGUUACGAUCCCCGAGAACUACGGACGUCAUCGUAUCACACCUCCCCCGACGGAUGAUAUUCACCGCUUAUCGCUCACAUCCAAGAACAUAUCGGCCCGGCAGUAUUUAUCUGAUAAAUGGAGCGUCCACCCUGAUUGGUUGUACUGUCGUCACUACGAGCGUACUUUUUCAUCGCCCGAAGAAGAGUUGCUUUACUUUUUGGAGCGCGUUGCGAAGCCAGGGUGGAGAUGGCCGGCGAAACCAAGACCCCCGGAACACCACAAGAACAAACAAGGCCACGAACGACAUAACAAUGGAACACCGGAAACUAAAGAUCGGAACAAAGUUACAAACAGCACUCCCAGAAAUGAAUAUUACUGUGACCACGGCUUGAUGCAGGCUCUGGUAUAUGAUGCCAGAAACACCGCAUGGUUCAAUAAGAGUAUUUCCGAUUCGGCUUCCGAUGAAAAAGCGUCUGAGUUCAUUCAGCGUUUUGGAUACAUCGUGGCAUUUCUGUCAACUCACAGCGGAUUGACACGAUGGCAAACUCAUCCGCCGAGGGAGCAGGAUAACGUUAGGGCUGAAUUCGGAAAGCAAUGGCCCCGUUCGAUAGAUGAAGUGUGGUAUCGACGCGCAGUCGAGCAACAUUACGUGGAUCCCCUCAGCUACGUUUACAGCGUUGAAAUAAACACAGAUAAGUUUCCGUUGAAUAUCAGUAAUGCUGUUGUAACUGCUUCUCAUGCGGUGUUCCAUGGAGACGGCUACAAGAAAGCGCCAGCAGCCGUAGUCGGGUUCCAGUUCAAGCACGAACGUCUUAGCGAGUGGUUUGAGAAUAUAACUUCGUCGUGUGAGCACAACAAGGAAUGCGUGACUUGUCUCUCGGACACCUGGGACUGUUACCUCGUCGAUAACAACGGUUGGAUCGUCGUCAGCGAGGAUGUUACACAAAAUGGCCAAUUCUUUGGAAGGAUUCGUCCCGAUAUAAUGACGAAGCUGGUCGAAGACGAAGUUUACAAAGCCGUGCAUAUUGUAGACUAUCAAGCUGUCUGCUUCCGAGAAAAGAAAACCACGAAUCCUGCUUCAACAUUGAUGACGCCGUUGCACAAUUUUAAGAUCAUAACCUCAUGGUUUGUGUCUACAACUUUAUGGUUUUACAACUCGAUCGCUUUAAGUUUCGCUCAAGCCUCCAGCUACUCUUUCGACGAUGACUAUGUUACACCCACUGUUGCAUAUCAGAGUUACGAGAACGAUGAAGAAAAUGACGAUUCUUACAUGUCGAAACCGACGAAUAUGCGAACUUUAGAGAGGGACUUCGAGAAAUUGGUGUUGAUCAACAGAACCAGACCGACGCCUUGCGAUAGAGAAAUGUUCCUUUACCAGCUCGAGUACAGCAAUUUGGACGCGAAAUUAAACAAGCCAGUUAAAGACUGCGAAAGGCCGUUUUACGCUCAGCUUGUGAACUAUACGAAUAUGCUUAUGAUAGUUGUCGAUGCGAGCUGCCCUAGAGAAGAAGCGUCUAUGUCUUUUAUAGAAGCGACUGAAGUCCAAUACAAUGAAUCGUUGCCAUGCUUGAAACAUGUGCAUCCUCUGUACAGAAAACAACCUACAUCGUGUAUCAAGAACCACACAGAAGAAAGCAACAUCGACAUGUGCGGCAGAGGAUCCCUUCCGAGCUCUAAUUUUUUUUGGAUAAUAUUUAGCACUUUCGUCACAUAUCAUCAUUUAUAAAUAAUUAAAUAUUUAAUUAUGUACGUAACUUUCGAGAAAUCUAAAUGUACGAUACCAUAGAUCUAUGGGGUUGGUUUAGAAAUAUCAUAAUAAGGGCGAUUUUAAAAUUAAUGUCUCAAA